CCCCAACAACUUUAAAUUCGAAGAAACCGAAAGCCGUUUUAGUUAGCUGCCUAGCUAAUAAACUGUUACUCCUUACCCUGACACUGGUGCCACAGCAACAACAAAGAAGAAGAAGAAGCACCGCACGUACAGAGCAUGCAGCCAGCAUGGAGAAGCCCUCCAAUCACCCACCAAGAUCCAGAAUGAUGCCCAGGAAGGAGAGGGACAGGGGAGCCUCAGAGGCUCCAAGGAGGAGUCCUCAGAGGAAACCCAAGGUGGAUCAGCUCUCUGAAGCAUCAUUGGUGAGGAAAGAGAAGCUGGGGAAGCAUGUGGGGAAGAUGGAGCAAGAGACAGAAGUGAAGUUGAAAUCAACAGUGGUGGACAUAGACAGUGUGAGAGACAAUGAAGUCAAGGAUGAGAAUGUGGGGCUCCUGGAAGCAGCAGAGCAGGAGGACAGUCUGAAGCACAAGCUGGGAGUCUGUGAGUGGCUGCUGAUGGUCUUUGUCUUGGCUCUGGUUCUCCUCUUCUUCCCUCUUUCCAUCUGGUUCUGUGUCAAAGUAGUGAGGGAACACGAAAGAGCUGUGAUCUUCAGACUGGGUCACCUACUGCGUGGAAAACCCAGAGGACCAGGCCUUUUUUUCCACCUCCCGCUUCUCGACGUGUGUUACAAAGUUGACAUCCGACUGAAGAUGUUGAAGGUUCCUCCUCACGUGGUGGUGACAAAGGACUUGGUGAGGCCGGAGCUGAGCGCGGUGUGUUAUUACCAGAUAGAGAACGUGGCACUGUGCAGCUCGGCUGUAUCCGGUCUGACCGCAGUGCUGCAGAGUCUGGUCCAGGCAGCAGUCAGAGACGUUCUGGCCCAGCAAACAUUCAGCCAUGUCCUGCUGCACAGGCGGAAGAUUGGGGAGCAGAUACAAGCAACGGUCGACUCCUUCGCUUGUCGCUGGGGCAUCAGGGUGGAGAGGGCAGACAUAGACGAGCUCAGUUUUCCUGCGGAGCUGCAGCAGAGCCUGGCUGCUGCCGCCGAGGCCAAGAAGCAGCAGCAGAUCAAAGUGAAAGCAGCAGAAAGUGAGAUGGCUGCCUGGGAUGGAUUUCGGGCUUCCUUCCGUCACCUUCAACCUGCCUUGGUCCUGCCUUUCCCUCCGAGCCUCAACUCCGACGUGUCACCCCUACCUCCCCCUCCUCCCCCAUGCGUGGAGGGGGACAGCGGGGUGUCACCUGAGGAGCCAGACACAGACUCGCCAAUGAUGUGAAGCUUUAUUCAUAUUAAACUCAGAUGAAUUGUUGCUCUUCACACUACUGAGCUUUAGAGUUUCUGCUGUAUUUAAACUGGUGAUUUCCAUGUGUAGAAAAGAAAGACGCAAACACAACAUAAACAAACAUAGCUUUUAGUCCUCAAACGUGUUCCUUAAUGUCUUGUUAACUGCAAAUAAUCAAACUGUAAAAUGUGCAAUCAAAUUUGAGUUCAGCCUGAUUCGUCAGUGCAACAAAGGACUUUAAAAAGUGCCCAGAAAAGUGUUACUUCAUGCAACAGGAAAUGCACAAACCUUUAUUUUCUGAAGGAUGCAGAAAUAAAUGUGCCUUCAUCCACACUUGGAACACAUAUCACAGGAUUAAACAAAGCCACAGCAAGCCUCUGUAUAAAUAAUAUCAUCCUGAAGUGUUAUUUGUAUUCUUCAUGUAGUCCAGGGGUGCCCAACUCCAGGCCUCGAGGGCCGGUGACCUGCAGGUUUUAGAUCUCACCCUGGGUCUACACACCUGAAUCACAUGAUGACUUCAUUACCAGGCCUCUGGAGAACUUCAAGACA